AUGGCUACAGUCAUACCAAGUCAAGUCGAUAUUUCAAAUGAAGAAUCACUUAGAUUGGUUUUAAAUUUUUUAAAAGUAUAUCUUCCGAAAUCGCUUCAACUAUGGCAAUUACUCGGUUAUGUACAACGAGGUUUCACCACAAAGGAACAUAUAUGGCCACAUCAAUUAUUUGUUGACGAUCAAGAUCAAAUUAAAUGUGUAGUACUAGUAUAUUCUAUAAUCGGUUUUACGACUGAUUAUCAUCUAUUAGAUGAGAACAAAGAAACAAGUGCAAGAUAUGUUUUAUUCUUUUGUCAUCCCGAUAACGAUCAUAUACUUAUGCCUCUACUUGAACAAUGUGUUCCAUGGAAUCAAGUAGAAAUAUUUAUGUAUUCAAAUAAUGAUUAUCAAUUUUCGACUAUGAUCGAAAGUCUUGUUCGAGAAAAAAAUUUGGGUGAUUUGCAUGUGAAUUCUGCCUCUCAAAUAGAAAUUAAACGAGAAACGUUGGAAAUGACGAAAGCGAAAAUUAUGCAACACAUUCCAUCAGACAUUACCAUUCGACGUUUGUCCGUAGCCGAUGCAUCAUUUAUCAACGAUCAUUGGAGAUAUAAGUCAAAGUUUUCGCUCAAUAUAAUUCAAUACGAAAUCGAACAUUUACCAGCAUUUGGUGCAUAUCAUAAUGAACAGUUAGUGAGUUGGUGUUUGACAAGAUUUGAUGGUUCUUUCGGAAUUGUAUUUACAUUACCUGAAUUUCGUCGACUUGGUCUUGCAUCACUAAAAAAAAAACUGUUUAAAGUGUUAACACUUGUUAUUCGAGUUUAA